AUGUAUUUACAUAUAAAAUUGUUGCAAAAGAUCAUACUAAUUCACAAACAACAAACACAUACACAAAUAUAUAUACAUAAAAUGAGAUCAUCUGCUUCUGUUACUCUAUCACUUCUAGCUUCCCAAGCCAUCGCUUCUACUGGUACCUUAGAUUCUACUGAUGAUACUACCCUGGGCUUAGUCAACAAUGUUGAAUCCGUCUCUGAUGUUUCUGCAUCAGCUGUCGUUGCCAGUACCGCUGUUGAAGAAGCCACAGCUGCAAUUGCAACAAACUCUGUAUAUCAAACAAAUGCUAUCGCUUACUCUGUAGUUGAAGGCUCUAUUAUUGCUACCGAAUCCGAAUCAAUCAUUACAAAUACCUACAACUCCAGAUUAGUUCAAACAUCUAAUGUUGUCAGUCAAGUCGCUCAACAGUACGCUGACCAACCAAGUUAUACUAUUGUUACUACUGAUGAACAAGGCCGUACCACUACCGAAUACAAAUGGUGGGUACCUGCCUCCACUGCUACCGCCGAACAAUCUGUAACUGAUUUAUCCCCUGAAGCGUCUUCCGUUACAUACUCCCCAUUAUCGGUUACCAUUCCAACUGCUCGAUCAUUUUCUUCUUCUGUUGUAGAAGAAGAUGAAGAAAUUUCAUCUGUUUCUACUGCUUCUUCUGAUUCAACUACUAGUACAUGGGCAUACGGUCCCGUCACCACUGUUACAUCUGUCGAUGCUAAUGGUAAUGAUUAUACCUCUACACUAUGGUGGGUUCCAUCCACCACUUACACUUGGGCUGGUGAAUCAUCUGUCGAUGCUUCUGUUAAGACUGUUGAGAGCGUAUACGUCUCAACUUCGAAUAGUAAAAGAGUCACCCGUACAUCUACCUAUGAAACAACUAUGCUAAACAAAGCUAAGGAAACUGGUAGUAAAAACUCUACCGUAUCAGUCCAUUCCAACAGUACUAAUGGUAUUGACCACUUGACUGCCCUAAAUGGUCUAAAAUAUGUUGCUUUAGCUGCAUUCUUACUUUAA